AUGCCGACGCCACCGCCACCGGCAGCCAAGGUGAAGGUGUCAUCUACACCAAGAGAUGGAUCCUAUCUUCGGCGGCAAGAAAAAUUCAGAAGAGAGGAGCAGCUCGCGGAAGAGCUUGCAACCGAAAAGAAGCUGCACGAGCAGAGACUGCAGGAAACAAAGGAGCAUUAUGAGGAGAAGUUGGACGAAGCCAAGAAACAAUACGAUCUGGCGGUGAAGAACCUGCAGCUUCAGGCAAAAGUGGAUGCAUCUGAAGCGGAGAAACGCUAUGACCAAAGGCUGGCAACCGCAGUCAGUAACUUGAGAGAGCAGAUCAGUGUGGAGAAGAAAGCAAAGGAGACGGAGCAGAAAAAAUGUGCGGACGUCGAGGCCUGCAACAAGAGGUAUGUGGAUGCAAACGGAAAGUUCGCAACGGAGCAGCACAACUGGAUCCAACGUGCUCAAAAUGCAGAAGCUGGAGAAAAGGAAGCCAAGCGCCAGGCGACUGUGGCCAAAAAGCAACUGGAG